AUGCCAGAAGCACUGCUUCAAUACAGAGAAGAAGAGCUCAACUCGUUGAGAGGGAAUGGCGAAGGAGAGCUCCAAGAAUGGGACCGUAUCUAUGGUUAUGCUUAUUAUAAUGAUUUGGGGAAUCCUGAUUUGGGUCCCGAAUUCAUCCUACCUGUUCUUGGCGGAUCUACUCAGUACCCUUAUCCUCUUAGAGGAAGAACUGGUAGACCGCCGACAAAAUCAGAUCCAAACACUGAGAGUAGGUUACCACUUCACAAGAUCUUUAGCAUUUAUGUUCCGAGAGAUGAACGAUUUGAACGUUUGAAGUUUUCGGAUACUGUAAAUUAUUUCGUAAAAUCUGGAGUUCCAUUCAUACUGCACGAACUAAAUCAUCUUAUUCAUGGAAAUCAUAAUGAAUUCAAGUCCUUUGAGGAUGUUCUUGAUCUUUACAUCGGAGGAAUUCAAAUUCCUUUUAGCAAUUUGCUGAAUAAUAUUAUCGACAUCAUUCCCUUGGAGUUGCUUAAACAAAUUUUUCGAAUUGAUGGCGAACAUCCACUCAAAUUCCCUGUGCCUAUAGUCAUUCAAGAUAAUUCGAAUGCAUAG